AUUCAUCAUUGGGCAUGAUUGAAGAGUUAUCCUUGCCAACCACUGUUCCUGUCCAAGAAAACAAUUCUGGUAGCUCAAAUAUUUCUCGGGAUCUGAACUCUGGUGGACAACAUGGCAUGUUGUUUGAAUCUGAUACUGAUUGGUCCUCGGAUAGAAAAGCCUUACAUAGAGGUCAGGAUGGGAAGAUUGAUAAUAUGGGUGAAGACGUUUCCUUGUCGAGUAAAGAUUCAAUUAUGGAAGAGGAGAACCAUUCUCGUUCAGAUCUUGAAUCACAAAACUCCGAUGAAGCGCCUGUAAAACCUCCAGCAGAUUUGUCCUUCGAGGAAAAGGUUAAAACAUUUGUGAAGAAUGGAGACAUAGAUACGCUUGAAGAUAACAUUGAAGAAUUCAAGAGUGGCAAACAGUUUGGGAAUGCUGAAGAAGUUCAACUACGAACUCCUACUUCAGAGCACUUAAAACAUUUUAUUGAGGGAAGUGAUGCAACAGCUGAUGAUGCUACUUCAUUAGCUGAUGCACGGAGUUCUCUACCUGACAACAAUGUGGAUGUUAAGACAAGUGAAAAGGAUGAUCAACAGGAUAUUAGUCGUCUCAAGUCCAUGCUGCAUCAGAAGGAGUUAGAAUUGUCUCAGUUGAAAGAACAGAUUGAGAAGGAACAGCAUGCAUUGUCGGUCUUGCAAGCCAACGCAGAAACAGCAAUCAGCGAAGCACAAAAACUUAUUCUCGAAAAAGAUGCAGAGUUGCUUACGGCUGAAGAAAACCUUUCAGGACUGGUGGAGGUUGAGAUUCAGUAUUGUGGUGAUGGUGAAAUUGUGGAGGUGACUGGUAGCUUCAAUGGUUGGCAUCAUCAGAUUAGGUUGGAUCCACAGCCACCAUCCAGUAUCACAGACCAUGCUGGAUCAAGAAAUUCCAGGCUGUGGUCAACAAUGCUAUGGCUUUAUCCAGGAGUGUAUGAGAUAAAAUUCCUUGUUGAUGGCCAUUGGAAUAUUGAUCCUGAAAGAGAAACAGUUACUAGGGGUGCAAUAUGUAAUAACAUUCUUAGGGUUGAUGGUUAAAUGGCUGGGAAGGAAGAGCAUUUAUCUAUCUACCACAGGGGCAAGGAAGCAGCUAACUUAUGACUCGCUAGAUAUUUGGCCUAUCUAAGCAGAUUUGAUGAAGCAGUCUUUAUGCCGUCAGCCUAUCACAAUCGAUAAAUCAAGUGGAAGACCACAUACACAUACGGAGAGGAUAGGAGGCACCCAGAACCUCCACCAUAUAUAUCUUCAGCUGCCAUGAUCACUGUACAAAGUAGGAGCCAUGAAAUCUGAUCCGUGCA